ACAAUAUGCUCUGCAUUAAGUUUUGGUUCUUUGAUGUUAAUGUCUGACUGAUGAGUUCAAAUGAGUAAUAAUCUGUGAAAAAUAAAAAAAAUAAUAUUCCUAGCUGAUUUGGGAAUGUAGUUGAGCCAUGAGCUACAACUUUUGUGUUGAGUUUUUAAAGAAGCAGAAGGAAAGGAACAUGAUUUUAGUCACGAGUACUUUUCAUACCCUUAACAGUUAUAUUAUGACUAGAGCAGAUUGACUGUCAGUUGUUGAUUGAUUUUUCAAUUGCUGGUUCUUAGAUAUCAUUUCUGGGAAGAUAUUGAGAGAAUAAGAAGACAAUAUAUUCUUAAGGUUGAGUGCUACAGUUGAACCACUGCUUGAAUUGCCAGCAAAUUGAACUGUUCAGAGGAAAAGAAAUGGUAUCUGCCUAAACUGGAAGUUAUGCUAUAGAGAUUUCUUUGUGGAUUUGUCUGAAAACCUAAGCCAGAAGGUGGCCAUCUGCAAGCCAGAAAGGGAGCUCUCACCAGAACCUGACCGUGCUGGCACCCUAAUUGCAGACCUCCAGCCUCCAGAACUACCCUACUGCCCUAGGUUAAGAACUCUUGGAUUAAUAUAAUGGUGUUAGCAGAAGUCGUAUUGCUGUGGACUGGAGAGGGAAUUUGCAUGAGGGCAGAGACGAAAGGGAGGACACCAUAGGGAAAAGAAUAUUUGAGGUCCAUUCCUCAGGAAAGAAAAGGAAGCAAUGACAUAAUGCCUAGAGUUGGUGCCAGUUAAACUGGUAAACAUUGCUAUCUUCAGAAAAUAAGUUAAGGAAUGAGAGGCAAGGAAGAAAGGACGUUCAUCCUGGAAGGACCCAAAGCACUUUGAAAUUUAAAUGAAUGUAAUGAUAGCUGCUAAAACCGCCUUUGUCACCAAAAUGGAUGAAGUACUUCAAAUUUAAAUGAUUGAUCACACUUACAAGAGCUGCUAUGAAACAUAGGGGAGGUGAAAACUAACAGAUGAAAGUUUUGCCAUGCACUGAAAGGAAAGCGUUGUCUGUGAAGUUCUGUUUUUAAAAAUGUCUGCUUGUAAUACCUUUACUGAACACGUUUGGAAACCUGGUGAAUGCAAGAACUGCUUUAAACCUAAAAGCUUACAUCAGCUCCCCCCAGACCCUGAGAAGGCACCCAUCACCCAUGGCAAUAAAACUAAUGCCAAUCAGAGUAACAACCACCGAAUCAGGAACACCGGAAAUUUCCGGCCUCCUGUGGCUAAAAAACCCACUAUAGCUGUGAAGCCCACUAUGAUGGUGGCAGAUGGGCAAAGUAUGUGUGGUGAGCUUAGUAUCCAAGAACACUGUGAGAACAAACCUGUCAUCAUAGGAUGGAACCGAAACAGGAUGGCCUUGAAUCAGAAACCACUUAAUAAUAAUAAUGAAGAGGACAUUGAAGGAUUUAGCCAUGUUCCUAAGCCUUAUGGGAAUAAUGAUAGUGCAAAGAAGAUAUCAAAUAACAAUAGUGGACUAACUGAGGUGUUAAAGGAGAUAGCAGGCUUGGAUACCACCCCUCAAAUAAAAGGAAAUGAAACAAACUCCAGAGAAACAUUCUUAGGAAGAAUAAAUGAUUGCUAUAAACGAUCACUGGAAAGAAAGCUUCCACCCAGUUGCAUGAUGGGCGGAAUAAAGGAUACUCAGGGCAAGCAUGUUAUUCUGAGUGGGAGCACAGAAGUGAUCAGUAAUGAAGGGGGUCGAUUCUGUUACCCAGAGUUUUCUAGUGGCGAAGAGAGUGAGGAAGAUGUGCUUUUGAGUAACAUGGAGGAGGAGCACGAGAGCUGGGAUGAGAGUGAUGAAGAACUGCUGGCCAUGGAGAUCCGCAUGAGAGGGCAACCUCGCUUUGCCAACUUCAGGGCAAACACUUUGUCUCCUGUUCGAUUCUUUGUGGACAAAAAAUGGAAUACUGUCCCCCUGCGAAAUAAAUCUCUGCAAAGAAUCUGUGCUGUAGACUAUGAUGACAGUUAUGAUGAAAUCCUGAAUGGUUAUGAAGAGAAUUCUGUGGUCUCCUAUGGACCAGGAAGCAUUCAGAGCAUAGUGUCGUCUGACUCCACAUCCCCAGAUUCCUCUUUAACAGAAGAAUCACGUUCUGAGACAGCCAGUAGUUUAUCCCAGAAGAUUUGUAAUGUGGGAAUAGCUCCUGGUAACCCGGGAGAUUCUAAGGACAUGAAGGAAAGUGAGCCCAAUUAUGAAAGCCUCUCUGGUAAUAAUCAGGAGAAGGACUCAGCACAAGCAUCCAAAAGCUCAGUAAAAGUUCCAGAGACGCACAAAGCAGUCCUUGCUCUCCGAUUGGAAGAGAAGGAUGGCAAGAUUGCCGUACAAACUGAGAAGCAAGAAAGUAAAGCCCCUACAGAUAUUACUGGGCAAGCAGUAACAAUAAACCUCGUUCCUGUAGAAGAGCAAGCAAAGCCCUACCGAGUUGUGAAUCUGGAACAGCCUUUGUGCAAGCCAUAUACUGUUGUGGAUGUGUCAGCAGCCAUGGCCAGUGAGCACCUCGAGGGCCCUAUUAACAGUCCCAAGACGAAAAGCUCAUCUUCUACUCCAAACUCUCCAGUGACAUCACCCACACUGACAUCAGGACAAAUAAGUGCCCAUUUCCAAAAAUCCAGUGCAAUCCGCUACCAGGAAGUAUGGACUUCCAGUACCAGUCCACGACAAAAGAUACCUAAGGUGGAAUUAAUUAGCGGUGGGACUGGACCAAAUGUCCCUCCAAGGAAAAACUGUCACAAAUCAGCACCUACUUCACCCACAGCUACAAACAUUUCCUCCAGAACCAUCCCUGUUAAGUCACCUAAUUUGUCUGAAAUAAAAUUUAAUAGUUAUAACAAUGCCGGUAUGCCACCUUUUCCAAUUAUCAUUCACGAUGAGCCAACUUACGCUCGGAGUUCCAAAAAUGCUAUCAAAGUUCCCAUUGUAAUCAAUCCAAAUGCAUAUGACAAUCUAGCCAUUUACAAAAGUUUUCUCGGAACAAGUGGAGAACUUUCAGUGAAGGAAAAAACCACAAGUGUAAUAAGCCAUACUUAUGAAGAGAUAGAAACUGAAAGCAAAGUGUCUGAUAACACCACUAGCAAAGCCACUGAAUGUCCCCAAGCUAAAGGGUUUUUAAACAGCACAGAGCGUAAAAGGGGUUCAGUGGCUCAGAAGGUUCAGGAGUUCAACAGCUGUCUUAACAGAGGUCAGUCCUCACCACAGAGGAGCUACAGUUCCAGCCACAGCUCCCCAGCAAAGCUCCAGAGAACCACUCAAGAACCUGUGGCCCAAACAGAAAGCACUCAGGAGUCUCCAACAGUGAGCAGCAGCAGCGCCAGGGAAAAGGCAAGCACCGUGCUCUCUCAGAUCGUGGCUUCGAUCCAGCCCCCACAGUCUCCUCCAGAAAUGCCUCAGUCUGGCCCUAAAGCUUGCAGUGUGGAAGAGCUUUAUGCCAUUCCUCCCGACGCCAGUGCUGCUAAGAGUACACCUAAGAGUACACCAGUCCGGCCCAAGUCUCUCUUCACAUCCCAGCCCAGCGGUGAGGCUGAAGCACCUCAGACCACGGAAAGUCCUACCACCAAAGUACAGAAAGAUCCACUCACAAAGCCAGUCACCACCCCUCCCUCCAAAUUAGUGACUAACCCCCAGAGUGAGCCGCCACCCCCCUUUCCCCCACCACGCUCGACUUCCUCCCCUUACCAUGCAAGUAACCUUUUGCAGAGGCAUUUCACCAACUGGACCAAGCCAACUAGCCCUACCAGGUCAACAGAAGCUGAAUCAGUUUUGCACUCUGAAGGCAGCAGGCGGGCCGCUGAUGCAAAACCUAAACGCUGGAUAUCAUUUAAAAGUUUCUUCCGCCGUCGGAAAACAGAUGAAGAGGAUGACAAAGAGAAAGACCGAGAGAAAGGGAAACUGGUGGGCCUGGACGGCACAGUCAUCCACAUGCUGCCCCCUCCUCCAGUUCAGCGCCAUCACUGGUUCACAGAGGCAAAAGGAGAGUCCAGCGAGAAGCCAGCCAUCGUCUUCAUGUACAGGUGUGACCCUCCCCAAGGCCAGCUCAGUGUGGAUCAGGGCAAAGCCAGGGCAGAGCAGUCAGCAGUCACAGAGAAGGGUAGAGCAGAGGAUGGGUUACUACAGGACUCAGAGAAGAAGAAAAGGAGUCAUUCUUCUCCAUCACAGAUUCCUAAGAAAAUUCUCAGUCACGUGACCCGUGAAGUGACAGAGGAUUUUUCUCCUCGGGAUCCAAGCACUGUUGUGAAGCAAGAUGGUGGGAGCUGUACUUCAGUCACAUCGGCAUUGCCGCUGCCUGAACUGGAAAGGGAAGAGGAAAAGGGAGACAUUUCAGGUCCUAUGGACCCGAAUCCCUGUAGUGCAACAUACAGCAACUUAGGGCAAUCUAGAGCAGCCAUGAUACCUCCCAAGCAUCCACGGCAGCCUAAGGGAGCUUUGGAUGAUGCCAUUGCCUUCGGUGGGAAAACAGACCAAGAAGCACCUAAUGCUUCUCAACCUACACCACCCCCACUGCCAAAGAAAAUGAUCAUAAGAGCCAAUACAGAGCCAAUCUCCAAAGACCUCCAAAAAUCCCUGGAAACUACUCUUUGUGUCAUGGCUAAUCCCACCUAUGAUAUCGACCCCAACUGGGAUGCCAGCAGUGCUGGCUCUUCAAUCAGUUAUGAACUCAAGGGACUGGACAUUGAGUCUUAUGACUCCUUGGAGAGACCUUUGCACAAGGAGAGACCUGUGCCCUCAGCAGCAAACAGCAUCUCCAGCUUAACCACUCUCAGUAUUAAGGAUAGAUUUUCCAAUAGCACAGAGUCCCUGUCCAGCCGGCGUGGUCCCUCUUGUAGACAGGGCCGGAGUAUCCAGAAGCCACAGAGACAAGCACUUUAUCGAGGACUUGAGAAUCGUGAAGAAGUGGUGGGUAAAAUCCGAAGCCUUCAUACAGAUGCCUUGAAGAAACUGGCUAUUAAAUGUGAAGACCUCUUCAUGGCUGGACAGAAAGACCAGCUCCGUUUUGGGGUGGACAGCUGGUCAGACUUCAGGCUAACCAGUGACAAGCCAUGUUGUGAGGCAGGCGAUGCAGUUUACUACACAGCUUCAUAUGCAAAAGAUCCACUUAAUAACUAUGCAGUCAAGAUCUGUAAGAGCAAAGCUAAAGAAUCGCAGCAGUAUUAUCACAGCUUGGCUGUCCGGCAGAGUCUGGCUGUCCAUUUUAACAUCCAGCAGGACUGUGGUCACUUCCUUGCUGAAGUUCCUAAACGUCUGCUUCCCUGGGAGGACCCUGAUGCCCCGGAAGAGGAAGAGGAUGAAAUGGAAGCGACGGAAGAGGUGAAAGGAGGAACUGAUGGAAAAAGCCCAGAGCCCAGCUCUGAAGCAGAGUCAUCCCACAAAGAAAGCCAGGCAGUCGUUAGCAGGAAGCAGAGAAGCCACGUCGUGGUCAUCACCAGAGAGGUUCCCUGUCUCACCGUGGCCGACUUUGUGCGAGACUCUCUAGCGCAGCAUGGGAAAAGCCCUGACGUGUAUGAGAGGCAAGUGUGUCUGCUGCUCUUACAGCUGUGCUCCGGCCUGGAGCACCUCAAACCCUACCACGUCACUCACUGCGAUCUGCGUCUGGAGAACCUGCUGCUUGUCCACUACCAGCCCGGGGGACCCGCCCAGGGCCUUGGGCCUGCGGAGCCCAGCCCCACCUCUUCUUGUCCCACGAGGCUCAUAGUAAGCAAUUUCUCUCAAGCCAAGCAGAAGAGCCAUCUGGUAGACCCUGAGAUCCUCCGGGACCAGUCCCGCCUUGCCCCAGAGAUCAUCACAGCCACCCAGUAUAAAAAGUGUGAUGAGUUCCAGACAGGCAUCCUCAUCUAUGAGAUGCUGCACCUGCCCAACCCCUUCGAUGAGAACCCAGAGCUGAAGGAGAAGGAAUACACUCGAGCAGACCUGCCUCGCAUCCCACUCCGCUCCCCCUAUUCCCGGGGCCUGCAGCAGCUGGCCAGCUGCCUCCUGAACCCCAACCCUUCUGAGCGACUCCUCAUUUCAGGCGCCAAAGGCAUCCUCCAGUGUCUGCUCUGGGGCCCCCGGGAAGGCCUCUUCCAGACUUUCACUGCCUCCCCCAGCCCAGUGCAGAGGAAUGCCCUGCUCCAAAACUGGCUAGACAUCAAGCGAACACUGCUCAUGAUCAAGUUUGCUGAGAAGUCCCUGGACAGGGAAGGUGGCGUCGGCCUGGAGGACUGGCUUUGUGCUCAGUAUUUGGCUUUUGCUACUCCAGACUCCCUCAGCUGCGUCGUGAAAAUCCUGCAGCCCCGUUAACGUGUCCCAGUUGCUGCUCUUACUUCAUUGUCGCCUUCUUCAAGUGGCUCACAUACUUCCCCUUCCUAGUACUCACACAGAAUUCAAGGAAAGGGGAGAGACGAGCCUUCCAUCCCCAUCCAUGAACAGAUGAGUCCACUCUGAAAGGUUGUCCUCAGCUCUAAAUCCAGUGAGACGCUGAGUCCCUCUUAAUUUCACAGAAAGUCAGCCACACAAACACGCAGCUGCCUUCCAUGGGAAUGCCUUCCACCCUAACUGUCCCCCAGAUGCAGGGGAAGUGAAGACAUGUCCUUGAAGGGACAGCUCCUCUGGUUUGAACUCAGUGAGCUGGGUCCAGUUCCUCCAUAAUUCUGAAUAGCCCCUGUCUUUUUAACACCGUGUAUUUAUUCUCACUAGCAAUAGACGGAUUUAACCAGUCCUUACCACCAUCCACUAAGCUCUCACAACAGACUUUCUUCCUUUAAAGGAUCAAUAACUGACUCUCUUACCAGGCGGAACUGCCAUCCUUAGCAUCAGCCCAGUUUUGGUUCCGGGGACUGUAUCCUUUGUUCCAGGAGGAGUAGAAGGACGAGGAGAGAUCCCAUCCUCUGGGUCAUGAACCCAUUUUCAUUUCUAUUAUCGAUAAGUGUGUGCACUGCAUGGAGGGCGGCCCUAACCGUCUCCCCUCUGCUGCCACUGCCUGAUUCUCCUUCACCUCUACUCUCUCCCCACUUGCCAAUGAAGUUUGGUUUAUCGGCCACUUGUGGCCCAUUACAGAGCUGACCCAAGGUGGUGUCACCAGUGCCUCAGCAGGGUGGAGUGCAGUUCAGAGCUUAUAAAUAGCUGGCAGGACACAAGGAGAUGAUUUUCCUGCAUGUGCAAUUCUCUAGGGGACAUCAGGGGGACAGAGUUUAAAGUACUGUUCUUUGAUUACUGUCAGAGCUGUCAACGUUGGCAGCCAGGGCUGCCGGUGCCCAGAUCACAGUUUUCCCUCGAGCAGUAAUUGGCCAGCUUCCUUCUGUCAGUAGCCAGCGUUAACUAGUCUACCAAAUGCUGUAGACAACAGCCCUGCACGAAACGGCUGUCAGUGGAGCUGUAACGUCUCCUUAGAGGGCAUGGCGUGGCUGGCUGUUAGGACGGCCAGAAGGCAGGGGAAGGGGAGAAGGCCGCUGAUGAGACUGCUGACCUCCUCCCCAGAAUGCCGGCCUUUUCUAGAGAGACUGCCUCCCAGUGCACAGGCACAUUGCUCCUUGUGACCCUCUGAAAUGGCUCUGGAGGACAGCUCCCAGGGAACUUGGAUUGCUGAGGUGGGUGGCUGAGAGCUGUUCACCGCACGUGGGGUCUGUGCUCCUCCUCUAUGGAUAUAUGUGCAAUUUUGGUAUGUAUUUUUUUUUAGCUGUAUAUACAAUGUUUAUGUUGCAACUUCACCUGAAGCAAUAUCUCCAGAAACCCUCCCCUUCUUCCCUUGGCACAUAUUUGAGCUGAGUGACGAGUGUUCCUUCCACCGGGGUGUGUGCGUGUAUGUGUGUGUGUUUUAUUCAAAACUGUGAGUAUCUGUUCUGUUUACUUCAACCUUGAAAUCCCAAGAGUCACUCAGACAGUGUGAGAGUGUGUACACGUAUGUACCCGUGUGUGUGCACAUGCACGCUGGAAGUAGAGGCCAGGCCUCUGGGGGAGCAACCUGUGGCAGGGUUGAUAGACGCGUUCUCUGCAGUGGUUGGUGAGACAGCCCUGGGCCCCUCAUCUACCGGUGCAGAAUUUGUUAAAGCCAAGCCUGAUUGUGCAGUAUUACUUAGAUAGCACGUUAGUGGCCUUUUGGUAAUUUCUAAACUUUUAACAUUAUUAACAACCUUUCAUGUGAUUCACCUAUAUCAAAGAGGAUCAAGAAAGGAGAAGAAUGUAUUUUAUUGUGCUCUUUUUUGUUUCUUUUUCUUUUUUUUUUUUAGAGAAUGGGACAUGUGAGGCUCCCUAUGGAACAUGUGCCUGUCCUCCUGGCCAGCAGUACAGGACUUCCAGGGAAGAGAGCUGGUUGGCCCACAAAGAGUCUUGUCUCCUCUGGCCAGAGUACAAGGCUCUGCCCCUAGGAAUGGCCACAAGGUGGGCAUGCCGCUGCAGGCCAGCAGUCCACUCUCUCUCUCGGUGUCCUGUGACAUGACCACACCUUGCCUAGCAGGCUGGUGUUCGGUUCACCUUAGCAUAGCCCACGUGCACAUAACUCCCUGCCCAAUUAUACAGUGAAGUGGCAGUGCACAGACCACUGACCCUGUCAGCCAGCACGUUCCCUUAGCAGCCCCCCUCCGUGGUUUGCAUAUUGAGACACUUUCUCAAUGUCACUCUCGUGGUGCCUUGCCCAUGUAAAUUUGAAUGUUGACUAUUUAAUGAGGUAUCAUAUUUAAUGAAGAAUGUUUCCUGGUCCCUCUAUUUGUUCUCUAGGUAUCCUCCCUCCCCCACCACACACACUUUUUUUCUCUGUUUCUGUUUUGCCUUGGACCCAGUCUUCUUCAUUUUAACUCUAUAGUAUUAUAAUCAUGGACACCCUCCACUACCGUUAUCUCAUAGCACUGGCAAACCGAGCACCUCUUCACAUCAGAUGUGUUUAGUACUGUUUUCAUAUUCAGAUUUGUUAAGGGCAAAAGAGUAAUGCCAACUAGUCAGAGAAGGGACUCAGGCUUCCCUGAGACAGGUGGCUAGAUUAACAGCUCUCUGAGUGAGGGCCAAGGAAUGUAAGGUGGGGAGGGAAGAAGGUGUUACAGGUUAGAGCAGAAUAGGCAAAAUAACCCUAUUUCUAGGCAAGAAGUAUUUACAUCAGGUGGUCCUCCAAAUAUUUUUCCAAGUAUGAUGAAAUUCAGUCAAUCUCAUAUUAUCACAAAUAUUUUACAUUUCCAUUUUAAUUGUAGUAGGAACUUCGAAUACAUUCAUCAACUGGAAAGAAAUCCUGCCCUCAGACACAGACAUACAUACAU